AUGGCCGCUUCCACAAGACAGUUCGCCCGCGCGGCGCUGAGAACCUCCACCAGAACCUCCUUCGCCGCUGCCGCCCCCCGCCAGGCCUUCCGCCAGCAGGGCCGCCGCCUCUACUCCUCCGAGCCCGCCAGCAAGUCCGGCAGCUCCACCUGGAUCUGGCUCUCCGGCCUGGCCGUCGCCGGCGCCGGCGGCGCCUACCUCUUCACCAAGGAGGGCGGCGUCUCCGCCGGCUCCGUCCCCAAGGUCGUCAACCCCACAAAGGCCGACUACGAGAAGGUGUACAAGGUCAUUGCCGACCGCCUCGAGGAGAAGGACGACUACGACGACGGCAGCUACGGCCCCGUUCUCGUCCGUCUCGCGUGGCACGCCAGCGGUACCUUUGACAAGGAGACUGGUACUGGCGGCAGCAACGGUGCUACCAUGCGCUUCGCCCCCGAGUCUGACCACGGCGCCAACGCUGGCCUGAAGGCUGCCCGUGACUUCCUUCAGCCCGUCAAGGAGCAAUUCCCCUGGAUCACUUACUCCGACCUCUGGAUCCUCGGCGGCGUCGCCGCCAUCCAGGAGAUGCAGGGCCCUAUAAUCCCCUACCGCCCCGGUCGCAAGGAUGGCGAGGCUGCCGCCUGCACCCCUGAUGGCCGUCUCCCCGACGCCUCCCAGCGCGAGAAGCACCUCCGUGACAUCUUCUACCGCAUGGGCUUCAACGACCAGGAGAUUGUCGCCCUCUCCGGCGCCCACGCCCUCGGCCGCUGCCACGUUGACCGCUCCGGCUUCGACGGCCCUUGGACUUUCUCCCCUACCGUCCUGACCAACGACUACUACAAGCUUCUCCUGAACGAGAAGUGGCAGUGGAAGAAGUGGGAUGGCCCCGCUCAGUACGAGGACAAGAGCACCAAGUCCCUGAUGAUGCUUCCCGCCGACUACGCCUUGAUCCAGGACAAGGCUUUCAAGAAGCAGGUCGAGGUGUACGCCAAGGACAACGAGGCCUUCUUCAAGGACUUCUCCAACGUCAUUGUCAAGCUGUUUGAGCUCGGUGUUCCCUUUGCCCAGGGCGCCGAGGAGCGCUGGACCUUCAAGCCCACUUGGCAGGACUAA